GCUCAUGUUUGUCCUUAACCGAUUAAAGGGCUUCUACUUUGACCCCUUCCUUGAAUACCCCAGAUGCAAGCCAGCUGCUGACGGAGCAACUUUUCUCACCCCUAUAAUUAUCUCGCAGAAUCUACAUAGGAAUUCCUCCUCCACUCCACCUCUCCCUCUUCUAGGCAAAUUAGAAGAUCUUUGUUUAAAUAGAAAUAGGUUUACUUCUUGAGCUUCAUUUUAGUCACCGGAAAAUAAUUACUACAACUACCAUGUCGGCAGAGCAAAAAAUGCAGGGGAGCAGACCGGUUGAUUAAGAUGCCUACCCUGACUUCUAACUAGCAUAAAAUUUGGUUGGUCUCUGUGGUUGGCGAGGCUAUAGCCAUAGUACUUCGUUGGCCCAUGUAAUAUCAUGUCAAUCAUGUAAAAAUUUUCAUUUUUGAUUCGUGACGUAGCUAGUAUUAGACAAGGACCAAAUUACGAAAACAGUAGCCACGGCAAAAUAACAAGAGGACAGUGUUCUAAGUCACCUGGGAACCGCGACAUGCGUUUCUCUCGGUCCAUCCCUACGAGAUGGCCCAGGCUUUUAUAAACCUAGUGGAUCCUCGUGAAGCGAAAAAAAAGCUGGAGCAUCUUUUUUUAUGUGUCAUCUCAUGUUUAAAUAAGCGAGUUGUAGCUGCUGUGCAUGGAUGUAGUAUAGCAAACAAGUUACUAAUUAUCCAUUGCUCAUCCCCUUUGAUGCCCAAGUGAUGUCAUCUCGUGUUCAAAUAUGUAUCCAGGGAGGGAGGCCCCCCCUGUGGUAUGGUUUGUGGUGCAGCACAGUGGUGGAAGAGCGACGAGAGCAGAACGAGCGAGGAGAGAAGGACGAGGGACGAGAGCAGAACGAGGAACGAGAGAAGAACGAGGAACGAGAGCAGACCGAGGGACGAGAGCAGAACGAGCGACGAGAAGCGCCCACCCGUGGCGUGGUGGCCUCUGGCGUAUCACAGUGGCGGAAGAGAACGGCACACGCAACACGCCAAGGGGGUGGGGCCCAGCCUUGCCACCUUCGCAAGGUCUGUCGCGUACAUGCAACACGCCAAGGGGGUCCAGCCUUGUCACCUUCGCCGGGUCUCUUCGGGUACAUGCAACACGCCAAGGGGGUCCAGCCGUGCCACCUUCGCCAGGUCUGUAGGGUACACGCAACACGCCAAGGGGGUCCAUCCUUGCUGCCUUCGCCAGGUCUGUAGGGCACAGGCAACGCGCCAAGUAGGGGAUCCAGCUUGGCCGCCUUCGCCAUAUUCGGAAGCCUUCCAAGUCCGCCGCCCAGUGCUUCAACGGCCUACGGCAUGGUGGCGCUGUAGGGUCGAGGCACGAAGCGGGAAGGGGUCAGAGGUGGGCGCUUCGAGGCUUUCCCGCCCGAAAAAAAGGGCCGGGGCUGGAGGCCCCCCGUAAGGCUAAACGAACGCCCCAGAGCUCUUAUUAACCCACUAGACGCCAAAGCGCCCCCUUCUUUAGUGGUGCCCCCCUCUUGUGGUGCUCCUUUUGUGUCCCGGACUCUGUCACGCUCCAGGCCCGAGCCUUGGUGUAGAACAUGAAAAAAACGCACGUGACGCGCGUCACGCUCCAGGCCUGAACUUUAAGGGAGAACGUGAAAAAAAACCGCGUGACGCGCGUCACGCUCCAGGCCCGAACCUUUGGGAAGAACGUGAAAAAAGUACGCGCGUCACGCUCCAAGCCCGAACCCUAAGGGAGAAAGUGAAAAAAACACGCGUAACGCGCGCCACGCUCUAAGCUUGGGCUUCACCUACGGCAGAACAUGCAAAAACUACGCGUGACGCGCGCCACGCUCCAAAGCAGAACACACCCAAGAGAAGCCCCCCGGCGUUGCGGGGCGCGCGUCCGUCCCACUUCCAUGCAGAUCGAUGCGGAGAGAAAUGGCUCACCGGUGCACACGCCAAGCCACCCGCCUGGGCGCUCUUGGCUGGGUGUUCUUGUCUGGGUGUCCUUAUCUGGAACGCCCGGGCCUGACGAACACCCAGACAAGGACAUCCAGCAAAGAACACGCAGCCGGGAACAUCCAGACAAGAGCAGCCAGACAAGAGCAGCCAGACAAGAACACGCACCCGCCCAAGAACAUCCACCAGGCAAGAGCAUCCAGAUUGGAUGUUCGUCUUGCUUGGGUGUUCUUGUCUAGCUGUUCUGGUCUGGCUGUUCUUGUCUGGCUGUUCUUGUCUGGCUGUUCUUGUCUGGCUGUUCUUGUCUGGCUGGUCUUGUCUGGCUGUUCUUGUCUGGCUGUUCUUGUCUGGCUGUUCAUCUUGUCUGGGUGUAAUGUCUUUGCCUGGCUGUUCUUGUCUGGGUGUUCUUCUUGUCUCGGUGUUCUUGUCGGGGGGAUUCUUGUCUUGGUGUUCUUGUCUGGAUGUCCUUGCUUGCGUGUUCUUGCCUGGAUGUCCUUGCUCGGAUGUCUGUGCCCGGAUGUCCUUGCUUCGCUGUGCUUGUCUGGGUGUUCUUGCCUGGGGGUUCUUGCCUGGUGGAUGUGCUUGCCUGGGUGCUCUUGUCUGGGUGUUCUUUUCUGGAUGUUCUAGCUAUCUUGUCUGGGGAAUGUUCUGGACUAGGUGCUCCUUCUGUGAUUCAACAGGGCGCCCUCCAGGCGCCAUCCAUGCUGUGCCCCGCCUUUCCUCUUCCGCCAUGCAAAACCACGCACCCGACACGCACGCAGCCGGCUUGCCUCACUCCCCGCCGGCCCGCGCACGUCGGCGGGCGGCGCGAUGCGUCAUGGCUGGGGCGCUUUCUGAUUGGGCAUGGCUUGGGCGCUUUCCGAUUGGGGUCUCAUUCUGCUCCAACCAUCUCGCCGCAGGUUUUUCCUGGAACUUCGUCUCGUGAGGGUCAUGAAAAUCCCCCAAGAUUUGCACGGCCCCCCACAGAAUCCCAAGAAAAAACUCACCCCACGACAGCCGACCGCGCACGCACUUGGCCCCAAGCUUGUUGAACCGGUGACCACUCCCCUCGCGUUGUCAGGCAACUCCGCCCCUGGGCUACCACUUUCAAAAAAAAUGGCGAGAGAGCCAGCCCGAAAACCACGGCCCUCCCCUCUCGUCAGUCGUCACUCACGGUCUAGCCGCCAGAACUGAGCGAGACUGUUGGCCUGGCGGCUUUUUGGCUGUUUGUGCCCUUCGUCUUUGUUCCCUGGCGCCCUUUCUUUGAGCUUGUUGGACUGUCCCACUCCCAGCCAUGCCACGCAAACGCCACAGGUGUUACUAAUUCGCUGCACCUUCGCCCUGCUAAUGACAAAAAAGCGCGCCAAGCUGGCCACCACUAAGGCGCGGGGCCCCGCACCUCUUAAAGCGAUUUCUUCAGCUUGUACAGAAGGCACACCCACACAAGAGGGAGGCCCACCACGUCACGCCGACUCCCUCGCCGAUCUGAAGAAGCCACGCAAUUUUUUCCAGUCGAAGAAACACGCAAAGCCCCCAGCAGAUACUUGCCCCUUUCUCUCUCAGAGCUACGCUCAGCUUUUAGAAAAAGAGUGAGAGUAAGAAAGGCAACAAGUAAACGCCAAAAGCCGUGACACGCUCGCCCGGUUCCCUUCUAGACGCCGCAGCUCGUUGGCUGCGCUGCGUCACUCUACGCGGCCAAGCUUAUCAAACUAGAGCACUUUUGCCAGCGCCUUGCCUUUUUUCGCCAUAUUUCUGCCCUGUCUCCGUCUUUGCUCUUCGCCGUUUUUCUGUCUUGUAUGCGUCGCCGCCAUCUCUCUGCCGUCGCUCCUCUCUGCGUCGCUCUUGUUUCUCUCUCUCUCUCUCUCUCUCUCGCAGUCUUUCCCUUGUGUCACUACCGAGGCCGUGCGCGGCAAGUUUAUGCGCAGAGCUAUACGGCUGCGGCCUUUCUCUCAGUCAUCAGCCUCCAGCUUGCUCCUCUUUCUAUCGAGUCAAACACUCUCCGAGGCUUGUAGCCCCACAAAGAGCAUGACGCACAAGCCGCGCCGACCUGAGGCUCUUGCUGGGUCAAUCUUAUGCGCACACAAAUCACCCCAAGGCCUUGGCUUCGUCACGCUCCUCCAGGCAGAGAUCUCCGCCUGAAGUUCUAGGCUUGUCACGCUCUUCCCAGCGCUCCUCUUUACCCUUCGCGCGCCGAAGUUCUGGGCGUCGCCUGAGGCGUCACGCGUCACGCGGGAGCCCUCGGGCGUUCAUUUUGUCUUACCCCCCCCUCAAAAAGUUAGAUCGGGACCUGAGCCCUGGGACACAUAUAAGGACUCCUGUUGGUGAUGUCUUCUUCUAACCCCUUUCGGUGCUGGUGGCUAUAGCGGGAUUAUGUUCUUUGCGGUUUCGCUGCUCCUUUUAGCGGUGUUGAAACUGCAAACCAGAAAAUGUUACGGAUAAACUAUGGAUCUGAGUCCUAUCAGAAUUGCUAGAAGUAGUAACUAACAAUAUCUACUUUCCGUUGUAUGUUACUGGUCUAUAUGUACUGUAAGGAAGGCAGUGUACAACUAUCACCCAGCUGUAGGUCAAAAAUUUCUCGGGCUCGGAGGUGUGGAGGUCUAUGUCGUCUAUAUUUGUAAUUACCCAGUCGUUUUAGUUCAAUCAUCUGCUCUCCGAGACGAGAAAGUCGCAGAGUAGAUCAAUUAACUUCUAGAUCACUAAGUUAACGUUCUUUACAACACAACAUGGAGGCGCCAUCUGCAUCUCUCCUCUAAGAUGCGAAGAUGAAGCAAGAGAAGCCGGAGGGAAAGAAGACGAAAUAAGAAGAAGCUAAAGCGUUCUUCACGAGAAUAAGAAGUUGAUUUUACGACUUAUAAUGGGAAUAUCUUCACCAGCUGGUGCGUACAAUUACAAAUGACUUGACUUUAUCUCUAGGAAUUCUUCUUCCGGCGAGCACCAGGACGAAUUUUUUUUUAAAUUACAAUUUCUUGGUUGUUGACAUGCCUAGAGUGUCAAAAAAGUACAUGGUGCACCAAGAUUUUCGGUUCCACCAUUCAACACACAUUUCCAUGCGUUCUUCUAUUUCAUGUGUUCUCACUUCUCAAGAUCGAUGUCGAUGUCUUCUGUGGAGUCAGUCCGUUGUAGUCAACAGGAACUGACUUCUUUUGGUAUAGUGUACUUCUUGCUAAAGAAGAUUGGAGAAGAUUGGACUUCAAAGUCUUGCUUCGGCUGCUUAAAGCACUUCGUCAGCUGUAUUUUUUAUAUGAAAACCUUUCACCAGCUGUAUCGGAAUGGAAAAAAAUGAAAAAAUACCACAACCGCUGAGGAAGAGGACAUGGCUUUUCCUGACUACAGCAAGGCUUGGUCAUUGGUUCUUCGAUUUACAAAGGUCAUAGAUG